UCAGAUAGCGUUGACAAGAUUAGAUAAAUAGUUUUUUUUUGGAAAUACAAUUCAAUACAUUAUUUAUCACGCACCUGACUACUGUGGUUAUUGUGAAGCGAUCACAAUGAGUUUCAAAGACAAAGUUGUAUUCAUUAGUGGUGCAAGUUCAGGAAUAGGAGCAGCUACUGCUAUUGAAUUUACUAAAGAAGGUGCAAAUGUUGUUAUUAAUGGACGAAACGAAACCAAAUUAAAGAACGUUUAUCAACAAUGUGAAAAACAUGGAAAAAAACCUUUUAUUAUUAAAGCUGACAUAUCAAAAGAUGAUGAAGCAAAAUCGGCUAUUGAAGAAACAAUUAAACAAUUUGGAAAACUUGAUAUUCUUGUAAACAAUGCUGGAUUUACGAAACCUGGAAGCAUACUUGAUGGGAAUCUAUUAAAAAGUUACGAUGAAGUGAUGAGUACAAACGUACGAGCUGCGAUGCAUUUAACAGCGUUAGCUGCACCACAUUUAAUCAAAACAAAAGGAAAUAUAGUUAAUGUAUCUAGUAUAUCUGGUAGUUCGAUGCCAGUAAAGCCACAAUUAAUUUCCUACUGCGUUUCUAAAGCAGCUAUAGAUCAUUUUACCCGUUGUGCAGCAUUGGAACUAUCUGAACAUGGUGUUCGUGUUAAUGCCGUCAGUCCCGGUCCAGUUAUAACUGACUUUCGAAGAAAUGCUGGAGUAGGGGAAGAUAUUACUGAGCGGGAAAAUCUUACGGCCCUGAAGAGAAUAUCGGAAUCAAUUGAAAUUGCUGAUUUGAUUUUGUUUUUAGCCAGUGAUAAAGCAAAAGGUAUUACCGGAUCUAAUUAUGUGUCCGACAAUGGCUGUCUUAUAAAAUAAACGUAACAUUGUCUUA